CGUCAGUGCCGUGAGAGCUUCAAAACAAGGUUGUGUUUGGUGGGAAGUUUCUUGAUUUGUGAUUGAUAUGAUCGAGGAACACGACGAACGCGAAACAAUAUGCGACUCAGUGAAUUCGUUGGUGGAAGGCUGCCGUUUACCGGUUAGAAUGCAUGGCACAGACGAUUGGCCUCUUGCUGAAAUCAUCAGUGUUAAAGACGUACUACACGGUGUCAAGUGUUAUUAUGUUCACUAUGUAGAUUUCAAUAAACGAUUAGAUGAGUGGGUUACGGAAGAUUGUUUGGACACUAGGAAAGUCCAAUACCCCCGCCGAGAUGGAACCACGCCAGGUACAGAUGCGGCGGCAACCCCGAAAAAGCAAGCGCCUAGUAGACCUCCUAGCCCUAGUAGCCUUAGCAACGAACCUGUCAACGGUUCGGCAGUGUUACAGGCUGCGUUACAAAAGAAAAUGUCUAGGAAAAGAAAGUCGGCGUUUAUCGAGAACGAGGAUUCUCAGGAUGGUCCGCCUCAAACACCUGGUCCCAGACCGACCGGUUCGUUGGUUGCCCAUCAUCACGACGAUAUAGUUACAAGAAUGAAAAAUGUCGAACUGAUAGAGUUGGGUCGGCAUAGAAUAAGACCAUGGUAUUUUAGUCCGUAUCCGCAAGAGAUGGUGAAUUUACCCUGUAUAUAUAUCUGUGAAUUUUGCCUAAAGUAUAGAAAAAGUCGAAAGUGUUUGGAGAGGCACCUCGUAAAGUGCAAUUUACGUCACCCUCCUGGCAACGAAAUCUAUAGAAAAGGAUCGAUAUCUUUUUUUGAAAUUGACGGCCGAAAGAAUAAGAAUUACGCACAAAAUCUUUGUCUACUGGCAAAAUUAUUCUUGGAUCACAAAACACUUUACUAUGACACAGACCCGUUUCUGUUCUACGUAAUGACAGAUUUUGAUAGUAGAGGGUUUCACAUAGUUGGUUACUUUUCGAAAGAGAAGGAGUCAACGGAGGAUCAUAAUGUAGCAUGCAUCCUUACCCUACCGCCCUAUCAAAGAAGAGGAUACGGAAAAUUGUUAAUAGAAUUUUCGUACGAGCUAUCCAAAUUCGAGGGUAAAACAGGUUCGCCUGAAAAGCCCUUGUCCGAUUUGGGAUUGCUAUCGUAUCGGAGUUACUGGGCGCACACGAUACUGGACAUUUUAUUGAACAUAAAGCCAUUAGUAGAGAACGAGAAACCUCAGAUUACGAUAAGUGAAAUAUGUGAACUGACGUCGAUAAAAAAAGAAGACGUGAUAUCGACGCUACAGAAUCUUAAUCUCAUUAAUUACUACAAAGGACAAUAUAUUGUGACGUUAAAUAGGGAUAUUAUCGAGCAACACGCAGCCGCAAUGGAAAAGAGACAGAUCAGAAUAGAUCCUAAGUGUCUUCAUUGGACACCAAAAGACUGGAGUGUUAGGGCAAAAUGGAACCCUGGAAGUGACUGCGUACGAUUAGCGAGUGUACAAAGCUGUACAUAAUAUAUUUCGACCGUUACCGGUCGACGUUUUAAUAAGACUGUGCCGGGCUUUGCAUGCAACUGCAAUGGUCUAAUAAGAAAAAGAAAAAAAUAAUAGAAACAAGAACAAGUUCACGAAAGCACGCGUAUCUCGGUUACGCGAACGCAUCGAAUAAACCGUGAUUAGCGAGUUUUGCGUGAGAGUGUAUUACCCCGUCACGUUGGCUUACGACUAGAGCCAGAAAGCGAUGAUUUAAUAUGGUGACUAGAAUUUUUUAAUAACUACGCAUACGUCUUUGCGAUUAACACGAUUUGUACAGGAACUUAUUGAAAGGAAAGCUACGGUCUUGUAGAAUUGUAAAUAAAUCUGAUUUUAUAAUGUGCGCAUCAUUCUACGCAAAACACGAACGCGAUCUAGUUCUUAAGAUAGUAUACCGGACCUCGAGUGAACAGCCUGUAAAGAUUCGUGUCGUUUUUACAUUCGACAAAAACAAAAAAAAAAAUAACAAAGAAAAAGGUAAUCUGACACUUCCGUAAUGGAAAUUAGUACAACGUAGAGAAGCUGUGCGCGCGAAAAUGUUUCGUACAACGGUGCACACACCUUUACCGCAUUAGCCAUUUUUCAAAUUCGUGUGUACACGUACCCGAAAACGGAUUAUGAUCGAGAUAUCGUUGACGGACACCAAAAACAAACAAAAAGAAAAUAAGUAAAUAAAUAAACAAUAAAAAAAAAAGAGACGAACACACGUCAAAGUAAUCGGAUUUACUUAUCGUCGCGUUAAGCAAAUGUGGAGCUUUCGUUUGGGCGUUCUGUUAUCAACGGCUGUGCUUAAUCGGGCUCGAAACGCUCGAUGUAAAUUUGAUCCGUCAACCAGAUUCACGAUUGUUCAACCAAAAUGAAGAGUUACCUAUGAACUGCGAAAUAAAAUUGAUAUUUUUCUCUGAAA